CUGAGGUCAGGUAGCUCAUACUGCACCGGUAAGGCUCAGUGGGGCUUGUGUUUUUGGAGCACCUGCUCUCUGCUGGGCAGGACUCCAGGCGCUGAGACACACCCGGGAGUGAGCAGGACAGGCAGACCUCAGAUCUCACUGAGGGAUGCGCGCACACAUGUGCACACAGUCAACUGUGGUUGGUAGGGGGAGCCUCGUUUCUUGCUUUGUUCUGCUUAGAACGUUGGACCCAUGGGGGGUCUAACACACCCACCUUAUAGACAGGUAAACUAAGGUACAGAAGCACCUGUGUGGAGUCAGAGCCCCCUCCCCAUCCCUCCUCCUGCCCCACUCUCAUCUGCUUUCAGUUCAUCUGGCAGGGCAGCAGACUAACAGGAAUGCUGUGGUGGGAGACUGCAGAUCCCCCAGGGAGGGUGGGCAAAUGGGCACCCUCUGAGCACAGAGAAGGAACUUGGGGUCUCCCUGCUCCCAUUAAAAAACUUUAGAUCUCAGGGUUCAGUGUCUUGGGACAGGCAGACUGCACUGGUUCCAAAUCCCUGCUUUGCCACUAGACAGCUGUGUGACUUCAGGCAAGUUAUUGACCCUCUCAGAGCCUCAGGUGUUGUAUCGUUAAAGGGGGGGAAAUAAUACCCACUGGGUGCUGGGAAGAUGCAGUGAGCUAAUGUAUGGAAGUGCCUACUCCAGGGCCUAGCAGAGACUGAUUUCAGUUGGUGGAGUACAUAGUGUGGAAAGAGAGGGAGAGAGGGGCCUGAGAACAGGUGGGCUUCACUUUGGGAAUCUCCACUUUUGCAGCCAGCGACUGAAAUUAACCUCUUCACUGCUGUGGUAUUAGGAUCUAGGGUUAAGCUUGACUUUCACAGAGCCAUGGAGCUGAACAGAGACAGAUUCCUAACACAGGAGGGGCCUGAGCCAUCCCACUGCCCAGCACCUGCCACGCCCCCUCGCUGCCAGUGAGGGGCUGGGUCACAAGGGCCCCAGAGAUGAGGAAAUGGCAGCGGGCUGUGAGCUUAGUCCUGCUGUCAUUGUCAGGGUUCUUCUCACACUAUUGCCUAGCUGCACAAAACUCGGGAAAUAAGCUCAACAGGGAUGCACAGGGCCUGUGAGCAGGAACCUCUGAGCACUGCAGAGGGAGACCUGAAUCUACGAAGACACGUGGUCCUGCAGAGGAAGAUGCACUAUCAGAAAGCACCUCCUGUCAAAGGCAAAAGGAAACAGUCAGAGGAUGGUGACCCCCUAGACCCACCUGUGUCUCCUCAACCUGACGCUGAGCAGAACAGGAGCCAGAGCCCCGUCCAGCUGGAGGACUCCCCCGAGGCAGGCGGGGAGCGGGAGGAGGAGCAGGCCUUCCUGGUCAGCCUCUACAAGUUCAUGAAGGAGCGACACACGCCCAUCCAGAGGGUGCCCCAUCUCGGCUUCAAGCAGAUUAACCUGUGGAAGAUCUACAAGGCCGUGGAGAAGCUGGGGGCCUAUGAGCUGGUGACUGGCCGCCGCCUCUGGAAGAAUGUGUAUGACGAGCUGGGGGGCAGCCCGGGCAGCACCAGCGCGGCCACGUGCACACGCCGCCACUACGAGAGGUUGGUCCUCCCAUACGUGCGGCACCUGAAGGGAGAGGAUGACAAGCCCCUGCCCCCCUCCAAGCCCAGGAAGCAGUACAAGAUGGCCAAGGAGCAUCGGGGGGAUGACGGGGCCACUGAGAGGCCAAAGAAAGCCAAGGAGGAGAAGCGGGUGGACCAGAUGAUGCCAGGAAAGACCAAAACAGAUGCGCCUGACCUGGCAAGGCUCCCUAGCCAGGAGCCCUCCAGGGACGGCAUGGAACAGCGAGGCCCAGCCCCUGGGCCCUCUCUGCCCUUCGUGGGUGCCAACGGCUGCCCUGAGGCCUACAGGCGGCUUCUGUCCAGCUUCUACUGCAAAGGGACACAUGGUAUCAUGUCACCACUGGCCAAAAAGAAGCUUCUGGCCCAGGUGAGCAAGGCGGAGGCCUUGCAGUGCCAGGAGGAGGGCUGUCGCCACGGGGCAGGUGGGGAGCCCCAGGCACCCCCAGCUAUUCGGCCCCUGGAGAAUCCCCGGAGCCCCGGAGGGCAGGCUGAGAACUCCAGGCACCGGCUGACGCCUCCGGAGGGAACACAGGGCCCUGGUGGCAGCCUCAAGGAGGAGGCUCAGGUGGGCCCUCACCCGUCGGCCCCCAUCUUCACUGGCUGCUUCCACGCCUACCCCACCGAGGUGCUGAAGCCUGUCAGCCAGCACCCUCGGGACUUCUUCCCCAGUCUUAAAGAUGGGGUGUUAUUGGGGCCUCCUGGCAAAGAAGAGGGGCUGCCAGCCAAAGAGCCCCAGCGGGUGUGGGGUGGGGAUGCCGACCACCCCUCUGCAUUCCACAAGGGCGGCUCCAGAAGGGGUGGCCUCUACCCCAAACCCAAAGCCUGCUGGGUGUCCCCCAUGGCCAAGGUCCCUGCCGAGAGCCCCGUGCCCCUGACCACCUUCCCAAGCAGCCCAGGCCUGGGCAACAAGCGCAGCCUGGAGGAAGAGGGCUUGGUCCAUGGCGGCAAAAAACUGCGGGCAGUGUCUCCCUUUCUUAAGGAGGUGGAUGCCAAGGAGUGUGGGACCAAGUCUGUGGGGCCCGACUUGGCCGUCUCCUGCCUGCUGGGCCCGGCCCUGGGGCCCACCCUCCCAGAGGCCUGCAGGGGCACCAUGCUGCGCUGCCCGCUGAACUUCGCCGGCACCCUGGACCCCUUAAAGGGCCAGGCCACACUCCCCUUCAGCCCCCUGGUCAUCCCGGCCUUCCCAGCCCACCUCCUGGCCACUGCAGCACCCUCACCCAUGGCCGCUGGCCUGAUGCACUUCCCCCCCGCAUCCUUCGACAGUGCCCUGCGUCACAGACUUUGCCCAGCCUCGUCUGCGUGGCACGUGCCACCUGCCACAACCUAUGCAGUGCCCCACUUCUUCCACCUCAACACCAAGCUGUAGGACUGAGCCCACAACACUGUGCACAGGGUCUGACUCAGCCUGGGAUGGGUAGGCACCGCCAAAGGGCUCUGGGGUGGAGCCCACUCCUCGGGAGAACUCGGCCGUGCCUGACGCAGGGAUGCGCCCUCGGCUUGGGAGCCUGGCCCAAAGAGAGGCAGUGAGAAAAGUGGGUUUAUCUCUUGAGGAGGCAGCCCGAGCCCAGGGGCUGGGGACCCAGUGGUUGCAAGGCCUUGGGAGAAGACGUUAAGGCUGACAGCUCCCAGCUGGGGCCCCAGAACAGAGGCCAGGAGUGGGGUGAGGGGUCGAGGGGCUGGUUAGCGUGAGGCAUCCGGGCUGCCUACGGAAAAGCCAAUAAAACACCUGUGAAUCCACGCA